AUGAAGAUAUCACUGCGAAAUUAUGCUACAUGCUUGCUUCCCCCGACAGUAGAGGUGCUUCCUCAUGGCUGGUCGACCCCUCCUGAAGACUGGAUCAAAAUUAACUGUGAUGUGAAGGUUGGUGGUGAGUCCAUGUGCAUAGUUGCUUUGGCUAGAGAUCAUGUGGGGAUGGUUUUGUGGGGUGCGACCAACUUCCUCAACUUCACAGAUCCUUUGAUCGGCGAGGUGGCGGUGUGUCAGCUUGCUUUGGAAACUGCUACUGUUAGGAAGUAUGAUUUUAUCCUUAUUGAGAGUGAUUCAGAAGUAGUUAUAAAUGCUAUUAAAGGUGUCCAUUCCAAUUGGAAGAUUGUUAACUAUUUGUCUGUUUGUAAUCAACUCUCUAAGAAAUUUUUAUCUUGUAAUUUUUCUUUUAUUCCUAGAAGUUGUAACUUUGCGGCUCAUAAUGUCGCUAGAUGGGCUUAUGCUCAGAAUAUCUUGGAUAUUGUAGAACCCUCUGCUAUACCUAACACUAUCCUGUGUAAUAACUGUGAGGUCUAA